AUGCUCUAUGCUAGCCCGGUAUGGUUCAUUCGAAAGGGCAAGGUUGCUGAAGCUGAAGCUGCUUUGGACAGACUCGCCGCUAAGGGUUACGAUGUUCGUCAGGAUCUUGAAAGUAUAAUUGAAAUCGACCGCGAAGAGCAAGCCCUCGACAAGUCUACUAGCUACCAAGAGAUCUUCAAAAGUACAAACCUUCGGCGCACUAUUAUUGCUUGUGUGUGUUUCAGCACCAUCAUCACCAUCAUCACCACCGGAAAUGCCCUCGCAAAUAACGCCGCCUACUUUAUGAUUUGGUGUGGCCUUGCGGCCUUGGUGGGCGCUUUCGCCAGUCUCCCCAUCCUGGCCAAGUGCCGCCGAAGACCAGUCUACAUCUGGGCUCGGUUCAUCAGCGCCAUGUUGCUGUUCCUCAUAGGCUUUGUGCAGCUAGCUCCGUAUUAUUAUGAGAAACACGUUGCUAUUUUUGCCCAAGGUGCACUCAUGAUUCUCUUGAUCGUGGUACACGGCGCAGCCAUCAGUCCCAUUUCUACGGUCAUCGUGGGUGAAGUUCCAAGCAACGCACUUCGACCCAAGAGAGUGGCCAUUUCGAACAUGGUACAGUAG